UGGUUUCCCGGGCCGCUCUGGCCCGCCCCGCCCGUCUCGGUGGUUGCUCGGCGGUGAUGGCGGCUCUGGCGGCCCUCGGGGCUCCCCCGGUCCCCGAAAUCUUCGCCACCAUGGAGGAGGGGCCGAUCCCCGGCGGGCCCAACCCGGGCGAGGCAUGGCUGGAGUCCCACGGGCGCAGCCUCGGACACUUCGUGAACGGGACCUGGAUGAGACCCGAGGGGAGGGAGAGCCUCGAGUGCCGCGAGGCCACCACGGGCCGCGUGGUGGCCGCGGUGCCCUCUGGGGACCGCUCGGACGUGGCCGUGGCCGUGGCAGCGGCAGCAGCAGCGGCCGAGGCCUGGGCGGGGCUGGGGGGGCCCCGGCGGGCGCAGCACCUGGCCAGGCUGGCUGCCACGCUCGAGGGUGACCCCGGGGCGGCCCUGGGGGCGCUGCUGGCCCUGGCCGGGGGGCGCCCCCUGUGCCGGACGCUCGGGGCCGAGCUGGAGCCGGGGCUGCGGCCGCUGCGGGCGCUGGAGCCCCCCGAGGGGCGGUGGCGCCCCCUGGGGGUGGUGGCCCUGGUCCUGGCCGGUCCCUGCUCGCUGCCGGAGCUGCUCUGGAAAUUGGGGCCACUCCUGGCCAUGGGGAACACGGCGGUGCUCGUGGCCCCCCCGGCGGCGGCGCCGCCGCUGCUGCUGCUGGCGGAGCUGGGCGGGGAGGGGGCGGCGCUGCCCCCGGGGGUCCUCAACGUCCUGGCGGGACCCCCGGCCCUGCCCCGGGCCCUGCGCGACCACCCCGGGAUCGCAGCGGUCACCUGGUUGGGAACCGAGCAGGCCGAUCUCCGGUGCCGCCUCUGGGGGUCCCCGCUGCGGGGGCCGCGCCUGGAGGGGGGUCCCCGGGGGGGCCGGCUCGUUGUCAUCGUGCUGGACUCGGCCGACCUGGACAGCGCCAGUGCCGCCGCUGUGGCCACGCUGCCCGCCUCGGGGGGCUGUGUGCUGCUGGCCCAGGACUCGGUGGUCCCGGCGCUGGAGCGGCGGCUCCGGGCCCGGCUCGGGGGGCUGCGCCUGGGGGACCCCACGGACCCCCGGACCGAGGUGGGGCCGCUGCCCCCCGGGACGGCCCCGCCCGAGGAGCUGCUGCGGGAGGCGCGGGAGGAGGGCGCGCAGGUGUUCCAGGCUCCUCUGCCGACGCUGCCGGGGGGGGGGGCGGCGUUCUACCCCCCCACGCUGAUCUCGGGGGUGGCCCCGACCUCGCGCUGCCUGCGGGAGCCGGUCCCGGGGCCGGUGCUGGUGCUGCUGCCCGUGCGCAGCCCCUCCGAGGCCGUGGCCGUGGCCUCGGCGCUGCCCCACGCCACCGCCGCCGCCCUCUGGGCCCAGGACAUCACCGUGGCCUUGGACACGGCGGACAGGCUGCCCCAGGGCCUGGUGUCCCUCAACUCCCUGGAGCUGCCCCAGCCCUUCGGGGGCUGCGACCUGCAUGAGGUGCUGCGAGAGUUCGGGUGCCCCCCCUGGGAACAGCCCCCCAAGGCGGAGGAGCCGCUCAGCCCCCCGGUGACCCUGGAUGACCCCGGCGAUCCCGAGCUGGCCCAGGCCGUGGCCGCCGCCCGCGGGGCCGCCCCGGGGUGGGGGCGGCUGCCGGGGCCGGCGCGGGCCCGGGUGCUGCGGGGGGCGGCGGCGGCGCUGCCGGGGGGUCCCGGGACCCCCGAGGACGGCGACGGCGGCGACAGCGGCGGGAGCCUGCGGGGGGCGCUGCUGCGCUGGGCGGAGCGAGCGGAGCGCGCGGGCGGGGCCGUGCAGGAGCUGCCCGGGGGGCGGGCCCUGCUGACGAGGCGGCCUCUCGGAGUGCUGGGCGUGGCCUGGGGCUGGCCCCGCCUCCUGGCGCUGGAGCUCCUCCUCCCGGCGCUGGCGCUCGGGAACGCGGUCGUGGUGGUGGCGCCCCCUGGCGGCGCCGGUGCCGCACAGCGGCUGCGGAAGGCUCUGGUGGCCGCGGGGCUGCCGGGGGGGGCCCUGUCGGUGCUUCCCGGCGCUUCCCGGAGCUGCGGAUCUCGCCUGGCGCGGCAGCGCCCGGACGGGCUGUGGCUGUGCGGGGGGGACGCGGUGCCGCCAAUCCUGCUGCUCCUGGCCCUGCCCGCCCUCGGCAGCUGCUGCUCCUUCGGCUUUAACCCCAUCAGCAGCACCUUCAGCGCCCACCUGAACAACCUGAGCCCCUGGCUGCUCCUCGACUACCCCGUGGCGAUGCCCAGCAACCUGGAGCCGGACAGCGCCUGCUCUGAUCUCUGGGGGCUUCACUUUGGGGCGCUGGCUCUGCGGCGGAUGCUGGGGGUGGCGGGCAGGGACUUGGCCCCCCUGCUCAGGACCCUCCUCGCCCAGCUGCACUUCGUGGCUGAGUGUCACAUCCAGGACCCCCAGGGCUGUGUCCGGCUGGAGAGGGUGAACGUGUCGCAGCUGCUGGAGACCCUGGCGCAGCACCUGGGGGGGCUGCAAGGGAGACCCCCCCACUUCCCCGGCUGCGCCCGCUUGCGCUGCCGCCCAGGUACCCCCCGGGACCCCCGGGAGACCCCCAUACCCCCCCCCAGGGCGGCUGCUGACCCCUGUCUCCCCCCAGGCCCGGCGCUGAGCAGACCUGCUGAGCGGCACGAGGGGACCCUGGGGGCCAAGCAGGGCCCCCCCAGCCCCGCCGGACACGGGCUGCUGCUGCUGGGGGGACUUGGGGGGGCCCUGGGCCUGCUGGCGGUGCUCUGGGCACUGUGCAGGAGACCCUGUGCCCAGGCCCUCACCCUGUGCCACUGGUGAGAGUCGGGGACCCCCCAGCUCCCUGCUGGAGGCCCCUGGGGGCCACACCGGGAUCUGCAGAGCCGCGGAGGGACCCAGGGAGGGGCCCGGCCUGGCCCGCGCAGUGCUCAUAAAGCUGAUGCAGACACCCCGCUCUGGCCCUGCGUG